GCUUCAAACAGCCUCCCGCUCAGCUCCAGCAACAGCAGCAACUGCUGAUCACCAGACUGCACUGCCAGCAGCUGGCGAGCUCACAAUACCACGGGCACAUCAAGCUGAGUGUAGAUCAGCAGCAAUGGGAUCAGGAGAGACAACGAGAGCACGAGAUGAAGUUACGUCAACUGUGGCACAAGGAGAAAGACAAACAGAGCGCGGUCGCCAGCUCCGAGGUCAAACAGCGGCUGCAGGAAUUCGUGCUGAAGAAGCAGGCGGCCCUAAAGCACAGCCCCGGCAACGGCCCUAGCAACGCAGCGGCGGGCUACAGUCCGACGCCUCUGGUUCCGGGGGAGACCUUGUUGCCCCAGAGUGGGGUCCCCGUCUCGUACCCUCAGCUCGCAGCGACCCACAGCGACCCCCAGGAGGACUUUCCGCUCCGUAAAACUGGUCAGUAA